GCGGCCCCGCCAGGCUCAGCGAGCGCCCGAGCGGCCGCAGCGCGGUGGGGGAGCGGCAGCGCGGCCCGGGGCUGCCCGCGGGGGAAGCGGCGGCGGCGGUGCCGCUCGCUUCCUCAAAUGCGAUGACUCAGCAGCUCCAGGAUGAAUUUGACAGCAGUGUGGAGAAUGCAGAAGCUUGGAUGAAGGCCAUCCAAGAGAGACUGAGGAUCAAUGACAACACCAAAGGACCUCGAUCUGCCCUGGAAGCCAGACUGAGAGAGACUGAGAAAAUACGUGCCCUGGAACCAGAAGGCAGCUUGAAAAUGGACUUGAUUCUUGUGAAGGCGGAUGCUGCUCUUCGCAGCAUCAGUGAGGAGAAGAAGCGUGAGGUGCUCUCUAAACUGAAAGACAUUAAAGCCCUGUGGGAAGAGACAGCCAUAUACAUCACUCAUUGUCACAGCCGCAUUGAGUGGGUCUGGCUGCACUGGAGCGAGUACCUGAAAGCCCAGAAUGAGUUUUACACAUGGAUUCACAACAUGAGGGUCACCUUGGAGCCUGACAUUGAGUUGCAGCUUGGCUUAAAGGAGAAGCAGUGGCAGCUGAGCCACGCUCAGGUUUUGCAGAAUGAUGUCCUAAAUCAGUCAGUCCUGCUGGAAAGGCUGCUGGAGGAAGCUGCUUCGUUGUUCAGCAGGAUAGGUGACCCCAGCGUGGAUGAGGAUGCUCAGAAGAAAAUGAGAGUGGAAUAUGAAGGAAUCAGGCAAGAAGCUCAGAACAGAGUGAAACUGCUUGAAACGAUAACCAAGGAACACGAGCAGUACAGCGCCAGUGUCAACCAGUUUCAGUCGUGGCUGAAUGGUGUCACAGAGAAAUUAAACUGCUGCAUUGGAGGAGCAACCAAGACUUCAGCAGAGGACAAGCUAAAGGCACUGAAGGAAAUUGCCAAAGACAUUAGGAGUGGUGGAAAGAAAUGGAAGCGCCUUGAAAAUCAGUGUGCAGAGGUAAUUCAAAAUACCUCUCCACUUGGAUCUGCAAGACUGAAGGAUGAACUUGAAGAGCUCAGAAAAGCCUUGGAGAAGUUGAAAGUGCUGAGUAGUGAGGAGGAGGAGAGAUUGCUCAAGAUCCAACAGUCUGAAAGUGCCUAUGAGUCCCAAGCCAGACAAUUGGAAGCAGACAUCCAGCAGCUGAGGAAAGAUCUACAGAGACUAGAAAAUGACCUGGACCCUGGGGAAGGGGAAAAGACUGAAGAUGAGUUUGUAACUCUGUGGAAAAAAUGCAAUGCAACAAGAGCAGCUCUGGCUGCAGAAGAGUCAAAGAUUGAGAGGCUGAAGGCUCAGCUUAAGGAACUGCUACGGUUUUCCCAAGAUGUGCAGCCACACGCUGAGAGUGUUGUCUCUGCAAUACAGCAGUAUCAAAGUGUUAGAAGCAAGACUUCUAAAAUGAGCACUGACACAGAAGCCCAGCUGUGGAGACUCAUCCAACAUCCCCUGCAAAGUUUUGAGCAGUGGAAGCCAUCGGUCCAGAUGCUGCUGGAGACUCCAGAGCCAGAGCUGGCUCACAUUGAGGCUGCUCUAGCUGAAAGCUCCCAGUUCAAAGAAAAGUUGAUGACAUUACAGGUAAAGAAAGAUCUGCUAAACAAUGUCCUUGGUGAGGAAAAAGCAGAGUCUUUGCUUCAAGAAGUAGCUGAAGCUUCAAAGGAGAGAGAAAUUCUACACAAAAGUCUGCUGCAAAGCAAGAGCAAACUCCAGAAUUUGAUGUUGCAACAUAAGAACUUUGAUGCUGGUUUUGCACCAUUGCAGAAGAAAUUAUCUGCCAUCAAAGCCAAAUUAGAUCUGGAGAAGGAACCACGGCCUGACCUCUUGGGUAAAAAGACACAACUCCAGAGACUCCAGAUGAUCCAAGAUGACUUGGCAGAGCUUGCAAUUCACAUGGAGGAGGUAGAGAAGCUUGUGCAGUCAAAUACCACACACAGGCAUGAAAUGAACCAACUCUCAUCUGAUUCUCAGGCCCUGAAGAGAUCACUGGAGCUGAUGAUACAGCAGAGUGAAGACCACGUUCAGAAGCACUGGGCAUAUAAUGACAAACUGUCUGACCUCCAGCAGUGGAUCUCAGUAACCAGGGAGAGGAUUGGCUCCUGCCAGGAUGCUGAUGGAGAGCAGAACACUGAGGGCAGGCUGGAAGACCUGGAGAGAUUGCUGGCUGAGUUUCCAGAUAAGGAGAUCCAGCUGAACCUUGUAGAAGCUCAUGGCCAGCUGGUCAUGGAGAAUUCUUCUCCAGAGGAGGCUGCCCAUGUCCAGGCAGAGCUGGAUCAGCUGAGGGAGUCGUGGAAAUCACUGAAGGAGAUGGCAACUGGCCUCCUCAAAAAGUGGCAGUUAAGUAGACCAGUGGCUGACAAGAAGAAGAAAAGAGCAUUUGUGGGCAGCAGAUGGGUGUCUAGACCUGCUUUCCACCUUUUUGAUGUCGAUCCCAACCAUAAGCAGGAGAAGAUGGGAGAAGGGCAAACUGCAAGCAGCCACUUGAAACUCCUACAUGACUUUGAAGAGUGGCUCCAAGGAGAAAACACCAAACUGACCAAAAUUCUUGCUGGGACUCCAUCUUCUGCAGAGGAAAUUAAGGCACACCAGAGCAAACUUGAGGAGCUGCAGUCUCGUGUGCCUCAUGGUCAGCAACUCUUUGAGGACCUCCUUCAUCUUCAUCCUGUGGUGGGAAGUUCUGAGGACCUGGAGGAGCUGCGCUACCGAUGGAUGCUCUACAAAUCCAAGCUGAGAGAGGCCCUGAGCUCACCAAGUGCUGGAUCUUUGGAGGAAACAGACAGAUUCAGAAAGGAGCGCUCUGGAGGCGUGUGCUCGUUCCUGCAUCGCGUGCGCCGGGCCGCGCUUCCCCUGCAGCUGCUGCUGCUGCUGCUGCUGCUCCUGGCCUUCCUGCUGCCCCUGGCAGAGAGAGAGAGCCACAGCUGCACCCUGGCCAACAACUUUGCUCGCUCCUUCAAGCUGAUGCUGAGAUACGAUGGCCCACCCCCAACGUAACCGCUGGCACGGCACCAGGUGACGGCAGAAGGGCAGAACUCUGGUUUUAACUGCAGCUCACAUAGGUUUUUAGGGCUUCUAACACAUGCCAACGGGAUGCAUCACAUAAUGCAACUUAUGAUUAAUCACUUUAAUCAGGUAUUUGAGUAAAAUUAAUAUUUUUACAAUUUUUUUAUUAUUGUACUUCUGUAUAUGUGUAUGUAUGUGUAUAUAUAUAUAUAUAUAAAUGCAUAUCUGUGGUCAAACUAGCAACCACCAUCCACUCAUCCACUGUUUAAAGAUAAUUCUGCAAUGUUUCUGCCAUCUUUCAGCAAGGAAAAAACUGAAGGAUGGUGUUGUGGAAUUUUCUGGGUGAUUUUUAACAUCAGAUUUUGGUUUACAACUGAAGUCAGAGCAAGUAUGAGAACAUGUGGUCAUGUUCCAGAGUGUAAACUGGAGACACAGUAGAAUCAUAAGUGGUUGACAUUCAGCCCAAGGAAGAUCUGGACUUUUCUCUUUGAAAUCUUGAGCUGAUUUUUCAGUAUCUGGAUACAGGGAUUGCAGAAGCUAAUAGAAAUGUUUCUACUGACUUCAGUAGGAGUGGGAGUGGAUCUCCUCUUGUUCUUAUUUUUUACAAGAUUUCUUUUCCAAUUACUGUAUUUUCCAGCCCACCUGAAUCAGGAGAGGUGGAAUACAGUGGGAAGAAAGCUAGAAAAAAAAGAAUAUAUUUUUUUAGCAUCUCUCUAUCAGGAGAACUUUUAAAAUCAGAUCAUAAUUUUCUGAACAAAUUUAUGAGCACUGAACAAAACCUUGUAUCACCAAUCUUGUGUAUAACAAAGAGUAGGUUUUUUGUUAGAUUUUUGUGUUUGUGGGGUUUCAUGGUUUGGUUUGUUGGGUUUUUUACUUUAUAAAGAAGCAUUUGGCAACGGAUUAUAAAGCCUGAACAGUGGGAUGCAGCCUGGCUUGGUGUCAGUAAAGCAAAAGUUGGAAGUACUUUAAUAAUACCACCCUGGAAAGAAGAUUCCUACCUAGGAUUCUUUUGUAUUAAUGGUUUAUUGAAAUUGUGUAAACUGAUUGUAUCAACGACAGUCAAGCAUAAUCUAAAUCUUUGUAAUCUAAACUCUAAAAUUAUGGCAACUUGUCAUUUAUUUACCUAAGCCUAUGUCUGAUUUAUCAAAUUUUUGAAUGUACAUUAUACAUUGCCUUUAAUGUAAAAGCAGUUCUCACUUCAGAGGGAUGAAGCCAUUCUUAUUGGUGUUUUACCUAACUGACUCCUGGGAGGAAAGGAAAUUUCUAAAAAUUUAUGCCAUUUCUGAGAGCUGUCCCUUCUUGUCUCAUGUUUUAGCUGCAGUAGUAAUCAUGAAAAAAUUAACAUAAGAAACAGUUACUUUCCCUCUCCUGGCUUUGUUGCAGGAGAAAUUUCUCUUCUGUGUAUCAGUAUGGGGUACUUGGUGUGGUUUUCUGCAUGAGGUCUAAAAUAAUAUUGCAGCUGACAGACUGAAGGAGGAAGGCACUUAUUUAACAAAAUCACUGAAGUUCUGUUCAAGAAGCAAAAUUGUGUAGAAUCAGGAGGCAUAACAGCAUGGAGCUCAGUUUGGGCACAGGAUUAGGAGAGCAGACAGUGUGAAAUAGGAGCAGUAAAACAUAGAGAGGAGAGGUGUCCAUCAAUUUGUAAAGCCUUAGAAAAGGAGUCACAAUUAAGCCACAGAACAAGUGCACAGACCCUAUGGAGGAAAAAAGUCUCAGAAUCCUUUUGGCUCCCCUUCCCUUCUACACUGUUGGUAAUAUUACAUAUUAUACAGCUUUUCUUCAGUUUUCAAGGUUUAAAAUGGGGUGAGUAACAGGACUUCUACGUGUUCUGAGGAGACUCUCCCACCAGCAGGACUCUGUCACUGUGUUCCUAAUAAUGUUUCUGACUAUACUGGAUUUGCUAGAGUUGGAUUAAAAUGACAAAAGUCUUCUAAAAAUGUAAAAGAGUGGAAAUUAAAGGAGAGACAGCAGGGAUGGUGCAGGUAUCAGUCAAAGUGCCAGGGGAGCAUGGAGCAGAGCUGAGCUGAUGUGGGUUAAAACCUGGCUGUCAGGAGGCAGCAGAAGAGCUCUCAGAGCAGGCAGAAGGGACUGGAAGCAGAAAGGUGAGCAGAGUCCAUGUAUGCUGAGCAGUAAGACAAUCACUUUGGGGAGUGAAGGAAGGCCUGUGAUUUCUUUCCUGUGAUUUCUUUCCCGAAGGAGCCAGAUGGAGGGGAGCUAUAAUUUGUCAGAGAAUGGGGCAUAUUAAUUCCUUCCUUGCAGCCAUUCUUUCUGGUGGCUCCCCCUUCCUGACAUAGCUCCUGCUCUCCUGAUUAGCAGUGCAAGUGCCAUGCACAUUCCUCUAAAAAUUGCUGCCAGCCCUGGGGGAAGAAACCCCUGUGGCUGCCCAGCAGGGAGUUAAUCAUCACACACAUCUCCAGUCAAAUUAAAUCUUCCUUUAGAAAAGAACUGUGGGGAAGAGGGGCAGUAACAAAACCUGCUCUGUGUGGUUGUGGAUGUGCGUAGGUGUGCACACACCUUUCUGUGAUGUAGCUACAUUGCAGUUCUCUGGGUUUUGCUGAGCUGAUCCAGGUGAUGAAAGUAAAAUACCAGUGAGAAAGUAAAAAUAAUGAGGAAAAAUAAAGCUGCAAAUGGAAGUCAGUAGGGAGAUGGAAAUUUUUUUUUUCUAUGAAAGCACAAAAUCUCACAUCAGAUUUCUUUCUGCCAAGCCCUUCUGAUCUGGGUGAUUUGUAUGGGUUCACAAAUGCAUUUGACACCAUUGGAGUGUGUAACAGGGAGAAAAAAAUUCUGCACAGAAGAUCUUACAAGAACAACUGCAUCAUCACCUUGAUGUUUCAGUGUGGUGGCAGGUUAAAAAAAAAUAACCAAACAACUAAAUUAGAAACACACUUUUGCUUCUGGAUUUGCAAUCAGUUUAUUCUGUAAGUCCCCUGUCUGUAAUCUUGGAAAGUUUUGCUUUAAAUCUCAGUCAAUCCAUUCUCAUUAACUUAAAUAAUCUGAAUAUCUCACAGAAGUGAUGAAUAUUUCUACUUCUUUGCAAUGAAAACUAUCCAAAGCACAGGACUUUAAUGUUCUUAUCACUGAAAACAAUUUAAGUCUUCCAUAAUGUCAUUUACCUCACCUGUUCAAGGCAGGUGUGAGAUUUUUCUGGCAAAGAAAGAAGAAAAUUACAAAAGCUUGAGAUGUAAAUGCAAAAUUUAAUUUUGUUUUCAUUCUCUUGUGGGUUUUUUAUUUCUGAAAAGCUUGCAAUACUGAUUCCUGGAAGUGUGUGUAAAUAUUAAUCAAGUCAGUAAUUGGAAUAAUGAGUCCAGCUUCCAGGAAACUGUACAAAGAUCAGAUUCCUCAAAACACAAAUUAAAUCCAAAGGAUUUCGUUUUUAAGGACUGGUUUCCAAACCAGUCCUUAAAGUCUUGAGCACAGUUCCUCAUCUUUGCUCACAGAUGAUUUGGUGGUGAUAUGCUCACUUUUGUGCCUGUAAAAUCCCCAGCUCAUCCAUCUCUGACAUGCAGAUGUAACUGAGAUGUGUUACAGCUCAGGUUCAGACUGGGGCCACUGCCUUAAGCCUUCCCUUGCCAAGCUUGGGAUGCACAGAGCCCUGGAUGUGUCUGCAGCUGAGGACUUGCACUGUUUUGCCCCAAUGCAGUUGCAGCCACAGGCAAAGGGUGCUAAAAGCCUCUGAAACAUACGGAGUGUGUCUGGGGUUGUGAGUGGUGUGUGCAGCUGGCCGGCACUCCCUGCAGCCCCCAGCCUGUUCACAGAGCUCUGUCCCUGCACUCUGGCACCCAGGAGCUGCUGCACCACAGUAAUGGCCCUGAGGUGCAAAAUCCUGCACUCCACCACUGCCCAUGCAUCACAGCAAGGCAUUACCCAAAGGCACGCUCCACACCCCACCUCUGGCAUGGGAGCAAGGCUCAUUUGUAAACUGUAAUUCAUUCUGAAGCCUGAUGCUUUCCAGAGAGUUUUCAUGGCAGCAAUACAUUGAGGUAGAAAAUUGCUAUUGUGCCCCAUGUCUGUUUUAACAGCCCUUUCUCUCAUUCCAGCCAGCAAUUUAAGUGGUAUUAAAUAUUAUUUAUAUAUGCCCUCUCCAGAAAUUUCUGUAUGAAAAGCAUCUUCAGUUCUAAGCACAUACAUUAGAAAUGUUGUAUUCCUCUGCUAGCACUCAAUCUCCAGAGCAGUCACGAUUUCUACCAAGUGCUACUUUAUUUGUGCCGACGACUUAGAAGACUCAAAUAUUUGAGGCUGUAAAUAAAGCUACUAGACUAACUAACUAAACCACCUAGUGAUCACUGAAUAACUUGGACAGCUUUUAGAAUGGCUCUAUGCUUCUCCUUAAUCCUUUUGUUGGAGUAUUUGUGGACCUCGGAGAGAAGAAAUGUCUCCAAAAAUUGGCCAUUCCGAGACAGACAGAUGGUGAUCUCUGCACAUCAGAAGAAACAGUAUUUUCUCUUUAGCUGCUCUAGACCUCAGGAGUUUGCUACAUCUGAUGUCCUUUUCAAUAUUAAAUAGGGAAUGUUUUACUUUGAUGUGUGUGCAUACACAUCUCAUUAGCACUAAAGAGAUUUGAAGAGUGAAUUCAUGUACAAUAAUUCUUUUAACUUGUAUUGAAACAAGAGAGUAUAUUUCCUCUUUUCUUUAGGGAAAAAACCAACCAAAACUGCUGUGACAGAUUCCCAGACCAAACAAAGCCUUUUGGAAUAACAGAAUAUUACAGACUGAAACUAAAUUAUCCACCAUAGGAAACUGGAAAAAUAGUUUUGCCUUUCAAGAAAUGCUGAUAUAAAACCCCCAAUAAACAUGUCUUUGCCAGGCAUCAUAGAUGUCUCUCAAUUCAUAGGUUAUGUACCCACCUGGGUGUAAGAGCUGCUUUUGGAGAGUUGACUACCCCAUGGACAGCAUCAUUUGCUAGGGUGCGGCUGAAAACACAUUUGUCCAGAGAACCUAUACCAACUUCUUCCAGAAUUGCUGGGGGCUGUUGAGGAUGUUCUUAGCAGCUCCCAGACACUGGCCUGCUGUGAGCCAUUACAGAUUUAUUGCAUUAAUUUAUCUGUCAGAGGUUGGCAACUCUCAGAAAUCAGUUUAUUAAAAUACUAAAGAUAAUAUUUCUGGUGCAGGCAAAAUGAUUCAUUGAGAAAUCAAUCUUGUUACUUUUACCAUACCUAAAAGAAGAUAUCUAUUGGUUAUACUGGAAUAUAAACAGGUUAUUUGUAGGUGUUGGGUAAGUGCAGUACGUUUUAGGCACGAGGCAUUUUGACUUGUCCAUUUAAGAAUUGUGGGAUCAUGUUGCACUUGUUAAAUGAUAAAACAAAACAAAGAUUCUUGAAUAAAAAACCCACAAAACCAACAAAAACCCCAAACAAACAAACAAACCACCGAACAGAACACCCCCCCCCCCCCGCCCCCAAACAAAAAAAAAGUAGGAGGGAAUAAUCUGUCACACAAUUGGGUUUUUUAUUACCCGUUUUCUAUCCAAUUUAAAAUAUGAAUAUGUGUCUACCAGAGAGUUAUCAGUAGAUCUGGAAAAGAAGGAAUAUAUAUCAGGAAUAUACCAGUUCAAACUGUAGCCUAAGUGGCACUUCUGUUCCCUAACCUGCUUCAGCUAAUGCUAGAUUUUGCCUCAUUGUACCUGUGAGAUAAGAACCCUCCUCCUAGUAGAGUGUGAGUAAGGUGAAACUGGUGGAAACAUUAGUUUUUCCAAAGGCAGCCUGAUAUCUCCAUGCAAGAGGAGCUCACAGGCCUGGCACAAUGAGAACAGCCCAGGACUGAUGACACAGGCACAAGGACUUUGCCAUCCCAGGGCUCUGCCACACAGAAUUUUGACAGCGGCCAUCAGCACAGUUCAGUUUCAUGUCCCUGGCUGUGGAAGGAGGCUCCCCUCAGGGUGAUUCACUUGAGCUGAGAUUUGAGCACUGGAAGUGGUUUUUUCUCUUCAUUAAAUGCAGAAGAAACUGCUAAAUUAAACCCCUCAGUGACAGGUUAAUGGUAGGUGGUGGGUGCUGAUGCUCCAGAAAAAGAUACAGGAAAUGCUGUUAUAGAUGGAAAGCCACUCAUGAUGGUCUCUGCUCAAUCCCCAGGAGGCAGAAAUGCAUUGUAAAACUGAGAUGGGACUUUUUCUGUUCCUUUUCAAGUAAAUGUCAGGUUGUCUUCAGUCCUCUGGAUUUUAGGGGCAAGCCUAUUCAGUGCCUUACUGAAUGCUGGUGGCUUUCUGGCUUCAGAGCCAUUUACACCAGCCAGUUCCACAUUAUUCCAAGUUGUGUGAUAAAGGUAUUCCCCUGAACUGGUUUUGGAUCACAAACCUUUUGUUUGGGGAGUGGGGAUGGUUUGAUGUUCCUUCUUUUGGCCACUUUGUGCUAAGUCCAAGGAAGCAGAAAGACCAGCACUACCCUUUCCAGGCCAUGUUUUGUCUUUCCUUCUUUUAUAAGAGCAGACGAGAUUUGGCUUUGCUUCCUUUCCAAAGUAAAUUAUCCCAAUAUUUUUUUCUUCUUUUCCUGUUGCAGUUCUUCCACAGCCUAGGUCAUUCCUAUCAGCUUAAGUGUUUCCAGUGGCUGUUCUUCCUCAAUACCUAGGGAAAAAAUCUGGUCCAGUUUCAAUGAGUUUAAAAUCCAGUAAUUUCUUCCCCCAUUGCAGUUCCUCCUGCAGAUGAUCUGUCUGUUUCUGCUGUCCCCUGUGUCAAACCAGCCUUCAUCACUACCUGGAGGGACUCCAAUCCUGGCCAGCCAUUUCUUCCAAGUCUCCUGUCCAUGUCCUGCCCACAUCUGCCCACAUCUGCCUUCAGUUUUGGCUCAGGGAUGCCCGUAAUAGUCACAUCGGCAGACAGGAGUGUGGGGCUGCCACUGAACAAACAAUUAUUAAUAAUGAAAGCCUCACUGUUAGCAUUGUUCAUAGCCUGCCCAGAGCCUUUUUCCCUUCGCCUCUCUAAGCAGGUUUUGAUGUGUAAUCCAAUUUCUGUGUGCAGAAAAUUGCCCCUCAGUCAGCACAGAGGGCUGGUGGUUCAGCUGCAGCUCUGUUACCCUCUCAUUGUCACUGCUGAGGUAAGCACUCCCAGGUGCUGCUCAGCCAGGCUCUGUGCCCUUGAGCUGCCAUGAGUGUUCCACUGUCAUUGUUAUACACCCUAAAUAAGCCAGAACCCCCUUUUCUGACCUGGGAGGAAAGAAAAGAAAGAAAAGGAAAAUGAUGGCUUUUAACAAACUGAUUUCACAACUCAUUUAUCAAGCCCUAUAGCAAGCCACUUAUUUGAGCUCCUUUUUGCUCCAUGAAAAGCUGUGUGUUAAAAGGGAGAGGGAGUUUGGAGAGCAGUGCCACUGCCCUCAGCAGCACUUUGCUGGGAGGCCUCCCUCUGGAGCUCGGGGGUUGGAGCUGCUAUUUCUCCUGAAGUGAUUCCCACCUAAAUCAAAUUAUUUCUUUUGUCAAGUCUAAUAAGCACUGAACACCACAGAGUUUGUUUCACUGCAGAUAUGAAUGAAUGCCUCUGUACGGUAC